AGAGCGACGCGGGAGGGACCAUCGAGAGGGGAAGAGGAGGAAGCGGGGCUGGCGGGAGGCGGCUGAGCUGGCGGCUGUCGGACGCGAGCGAUGCCAGCCUGACCCGGCGCCCCGAGCUGCUGCGCGCCCUCGGCUCCUCCUGCCUGCCUGGCCGGCCCGCGCGAGGCCAGUCCGCCGGGAGCCGAGCCUGGCCCGGGCCCGGGCCCCUGCGGCGGGAGCGUCCGGCAGGUAGCCUGGAUGGGACCAUCAAAAGUGCAGCAGCUUGGAACCAAGAAACAAGCAGGCUCCUGUACUUGGAAGUUCAGGAAACUUUCUGAUUCCAUCCCAUGUGAGAAGUGUUUGUAUCUUGAAGUCCCUGGAGCUGACUGGAUUCACAGAUCUCAGGGCUGGAGCACUCUCUGCCUCACCUGUCAAGGAGCUGGGAAUGACUUUCCACAUCCCCAGGCAUGGACACUACCUGGGGCUCAUUUAAUUUUCUUUCCAACAUGAGCCAUAUUGCCAAAUUCUCUGAACUUUGUGGUUUAUCCUCUGACACUGUUACACACCCAUGACUGAGCUAGAUCUGUGGCCUACUACUGCCUUUAAGUGAGACAUCGUGCCUCUCAUGUGUCUGGAUCACUGUUUUCUAACUCUCUCAGGUUUUGGUGCAUUUCUAGAUCUCCCUUCGUCCAGAUUUUUUGAGAUUCUAGAUACUUUCUUGUUGAAGAUUCUGCGUAUUGUUUCACAAUAGCUCUGCCAUGCGUCUGGCUACUCUCCUUGCCUUCCUGCGGCCUGCACUGCCACUCAUCCUGGGUCUCUCCUUGGGAUGCAGUCUAAGCCUGCUGCGCGUCUCCUGGAUCCAGAGUGAUGGGGAGGAUACUUGCAUGGACACAGGGGUAAAUAAUGGGCUGUUUGCAGGGAAAAUGCAGCAGGACACUGUUCCUGGAGGAAGGUCAAGCCAGAAUGAUGAGGACUUCAAACCCAGGAUUGUUCCCUACUACCGAGACCCCAAUAAGCCUUACAAGAAAGUGCUCAGGACUCGCUAUAUCCAGACAGAGCUGGGCUUCCAUGAACGGCUCUUUGUGGCUGUGCUCACCUCCAAGGCAACCAUGAACACACUGGCUGUGGCAGUGAACAAGACCGUGGCCCAUCACUUCCCACACUUGCUAUACUUUACGGGGUUGCGUAGUGCCAAGGUGCCGCAUGGCAUGGCAUUGGUGUCACAUGGGGACGAACGCCCCGUCUGGCUGAUGUAUGAGACCAUGCGCUACAUCCAUCAGCACUUUGGGGGUGACUAUGACUGGUUCUAUGUCAUGCAGGAUGACACCUAUGCCCAGGCCGAGCAGAUCAAGGCCCUGGUGACACACCUAAGCAUUAAUCAGGAUGUUUACCUAGGACGGGCUGAGGAGUUCAUUGGGGGGGAUGAACAGGCCCGCUAUUGCCAUGGUGGCUUUGGCUACUUGGUUUCCCGGAGCCUGCUGCUCAAGUUGCAUCAGCAUCUGGACAGCUGCCGUAAUGAGAUUCUCAGUGUGCGCCCGGAUGAAUGGCUGGGACGCUGCAUCAUCGACUUCCUGGGCAUCAGUUGCAUCUCCCAGCACCAGGGCCAGCAUUACCGCUCCUAUGAACUGGCCAAAAAUGCAGACCUAGAGAAGGAGGAGGGUGAGGACUUCCAGGUGGCGCUCACUGUGCACCCUGUCUCUGAGGGGACCCUCAUGUACCGACUGCACAAGCAUUUCAGCAGGAUCCAGCUGGACAGAGCCUACCAGGAGAUCCAGCAACUCCAGAUGCAGAUCAGGAAUCUGACAUCGCUGACACCAGCCCGCGAGGGGGGGCUGACAUGGCCCAUAGGCAUCAAUGCUCCCUUUGUCCCCAAAUCCCGCUUUGAGGUGAUUAGCUGGGACUACUUCACAGAGCAGCACCUCUUUUCCUGUCCCGAUGGCUCCCCCAAAUGUGAGCUGGCUGGAGCCAGCAAGGCCGAUGUUAGUGACAUCAUUGAGGCAGCACUCCAGCAUCUCAACAGCCGUUACCAGCCCCAGCUUCGUUUCUACAAGCAACAGUUGCUGAAUGGCUACCGGCGCUUUGACCCCACACGGGGCAUGGAGUACAUGCUGGAUCUCUUGCUGGAGGCUGUAACCCAGAAGGGCCACAGCCAUGUUCUGGCUAAGCGGGUGAGUCUAGUGCGGCCCCUCAGCAAGGUAGAGAUCAUCCCCAUGCCCUAUGUGACAGAGGCCACACGCGUGCAGCUGGUGCUGCCCCUGACUGUGCAGGAGGUGGACUUUGUCAGCAACUUCCUGGACACGUUUGCCAUGAACACGCUGGACACACAUGACAAUGCCCUGCUAACCCUGCUCUUCAUCUACCAGCCUUAUGAUGCUCAGCGGGUCAGCCAGCUGGAUGUCUUUGCUGGGGUCAAAGCUAUGGUGGGAGAGCUGGAAAAACGGUAUGCAGAGGUGAAAAUCCCCUGGAUCAGCGUAAAAACUGAGGUGCCAUCCCAGGUGAAGCUCAUGGACAUAGUGUCAAAGAAGCACCCUGUGGACACCCUCUUCUUCUUGGCCAGCGUUUGGACAGAGGUUAACACAGAGUUCCUGAAUCGCUGCCGCAUGAACACCAUCAGCAACUGGCAGGUCUUCUUCCCAAUGCACUUCCAGGAGUUCAACCCAGUGCUGAUGUACCAUGGCGAGCAGGCCUCCUCCUCCAGCACUGACUUCCUGAGGGAUGGGCACUUUGACCGUCAUGCCUUUGCUGAGGCUUGUUUCUACAACUCUGACUACAUGGCAGCACGCACCAAGCUGGCAGCUGACAUUUUGGACCGGGACGAAGUGCUGGAGAGCAUGGAAGUAUUUGAUGUCUUCCUUCGCUACUCUGGCCUGCACCUGUUCCGGGCUGUGGAGCCAGGGCUGGUGCAGAAAUAUAUGCUGAGGAGCUGCAACCCCCGGCUGAGCGAGGAACUGUAUCACCGCUGUGUGCUCAGUAACCUGGAGGGGCUCUCCUCCCGCUCGCACCUGGCCAUGGCCCUCUUUGAGCAGGAACAGGCCAAUAGCACCUGAAGGACCAGAAGCUACUAGUGGUUCCCCAGCACCUUAACACUUGCACCUUCACCCUCCUUCCCAGCCCCAGUCCUGCCCUGGGAAAGAUGGGUGUGUGAGGCCAAGGGGCGGGCAGGGCAAUUGAAAAAUUUGGUUUCAUAGGAAAAGUAAUUAAAGUUUCUUCCCAUGCAAAUUAA